CUCCAGUGGUCUCUAUUGCGACGGCUCCCCGUGUCCUACUGUGCCUUCCUGUUGAUCCUACCCCGUCCCCAAACCCGAACCCUAAAAAGUGAAAAAAAACAGAAAAAAUGGCAAGUACCAGCGGCGGCGGCGGCGGCGGGAUCUGCCCCCGUGAGUGCACGCCUGCCCGGUCGGCCCCGGGCGUCCCCUUCUGCCGCGUCGAGUGGUCCUUCCUCUGCACCGGCUGCGCCGCCCUCGCCCACGCCAACAGCUGGAUCGUCGUCGUCCCCCCAACCCCCAACCCCAACCCCAACCCCAACCCUAACCCUAACCCUAACCCUAGCCCUAGCCCCACCCCCUUCGCUUACCCCUACCCCUUCCCCAACCCUAAUCCUCUCCCUGCCGCCGCCGUCGUGCAGCUCUCGUCCGACGACGACGAGCGGGUGGCGAGCGUGAUGAGGUACAGGGAGAAGCGGAAGAGCCGGCGGUUCGAUAAGAAUGUGAGGUACGAGGCCCGGCAGGCGUACGCGGAGCUCCGGCUCCGCAUUGAUGGGAAAUUCGCCCGGCCGGAGUCCACUGGCGAUGAGACUACGACAGCGAUGGCAGAGGCGGAGGAGGAGAAAACAAAUGGGGAUGAGCAAUUGCAGCCGGAGGCGAGUGAGGAGGUUGGGGCACCGAUAAGAGGCGAAUUGGGUCCGCCACUCCCCGAAGAAGUUGAGUUGGGGGCCAUGGGUUCUAGAGACGUCUAAAAGUUUGGUUGCCUGAUUUCUCCAAGAAGGGGAUCCUCACACCGGAAAUUGGAGGAUAUGUUGCUGGCACCAUCUUGAAGAGGUGGCUUACAAUGAUGUGUGAGCUGAUUCACAACAGCUUUGAGGUGACCUGGUAGCUGAAUCUGCUACCAUGUCAUAACCGCAUGAUCAGCUACUGUAUCAUCACCAUGAUGUUAUCAGCUACCAUGUUAUCUAUGUAGCAGUUGAUAGGGAUAUUAAAUAGAUUUUUACCGGGGAACCGUUUUAUUAAUAUUCAGUACAUCAAUUACAACAUUAUUAACAAACUGAAGUUCGCUUACCGAAGAAAAGUCUUGUGAUGGGUAAAUAUUGUCAUGUGUUCAGUCACUGCUGGUGCGACCGGGAAGAUGUUUCUCAGAGAAAAGGAUUGUUGAAUUAGCUCAACUAGUUUGCAAGAUUGGAUCAGUAGUAGGUUACACAUGCACGGACAUGGGACACAAGAUAUGGUAUGAAGCGGACAUGGUGACUUGUCAACUUGAAACACAAAAAAAAGGAAAAAAAAAAGGGCAAUGGACAAUGCAUGGACAUACCAAUAAAUAUGAUAAUAUCUUGAAAAAGAACAAUUAUCCAACUAUAUUCUCAUUAUGUUUUUUAAGAAAUGACAUUUCCAAAAUAAUUUUCGUCAACUACCAAAAGCAACUGAUCUUUCCGAAUUGAUUGAUAUAUAAAACUAAUCAAUAAUUUCAUACUUAAUUUACAACUCGAAACAUAUCUAUGCUUUGAAGAAUUAGCCAUAUAUCAUAUGGAAUCAAAAUAUUUUCAUCACCGGUCACUUUGAACACUAUACAAAACCGAUUAUUAUCUUACAUAUCCUCAUAUUGUACAUGUAAUUGACAUACUUUGGAUACAAGAUACCUAUACACACUUAUGAGGGACAGAAAAUAGAGAGAUUGGACACAUGAUUAGUGAUAGGAAGGCAGCAAAUAAAUUGUGGACACGGAGUGUCAAGCUAUGACACGUGUGACACGGCAUGGCUUGAACACAAUAACAUUUCUGAGGUGUCCAUGUUAUCUAGAUCAAUACUAACAAAAAAAAUCUUGAAUUCGUUGUACAUUGUGUUUGAUAGUUUCAUUUCUAUCAUGCUAAUAGUAGGAGUAAAUUUCUACUUAUAUGUAUUGCUAUUAGUUAGGAACAUCAAACUUUCAAAAAUGUGGUCAUGUCUGAGUCGUGUCAUGCUAGAUAAGUGCCCUAGUUCUGACAAUCCACGGACAUAUGCCGUCAUGUGUCCAUUUGUGUCGAUUGUUUGUUUUUCUACUCUUUACAUGUCCAUCACUCAUUUGUUGUGUCAUGUGUGUUCCUCAUUGUUAAAUAUAAAUAUUAAAAAUACUGUUCUCUAAUAGCUUACGCUUUUGGAGAUAAAUAAUUGUUUUAUGUAACAUGGUAUCAGAGCAAAAAGUCCUAAGUUCGUUCUGCCAGACCCCUAACAUUAUUAAUUUCUUCCUAUUUAAUUUAAAGGUUAAUUGC